AUACUUUGGAGUGCUCUUUAAUUAGAAUAAGCUUAGCCCGGGUGUUCGCGGGAAAGAGAGUCCCUCCUAUGGCGGAUUCCUCUUACUGUAUAAAGGUGGUGUGUAGAGUGAGGCCACUCAAUGGGAAGGAGAAGGCAGCUGGUAAUUCAUUUGUGGUUGGUUUCCCAACAACUAAUGUAGUCACAGUUGGAAAUAAGACGUUUCAGUAUGAUAGUGUUUUACGGCACGACUCAACUCAAGAACAAGUUUAUACAGCGACUGCCCAACCACUGGUGAAAGAUGUACUGUCAGGUUACAAUGCUACCAUAUUUGCUUACGGACAAACUUCAAGUGGAAAGACUCACACAAUGGAGGGUGAUCUUGAUGAUGUUAACACGAGAGGGAUCAUUCCAAGAAUCAUUUAUGAUUUAUUUGAUCAGAUUUAUGAGAUGGAUUCAAAUCUUGAGUUUCAUAUAAAGGUGUCUUACUUUGAGUUGUACAUGGAGAAGGUACGGGACCUUCUUGACAUAACUAAGGUCAAUCUACCGAUACACGAGAACAAGCAGAAGGUUCCUUAUGUCAAGGGUGUGACCGAGAGGUUUGUUACCAUACCUGAAGAAGUACUGGCUACAAUUGAGGAAGGAAAGUCCAAUAGACAUGUAUCAGUAACUAAUAUGAAUGCUCAUAGCUCACGAAGUCAUGCCAUCUUUCUUAUUUCGAUAAAACAAGUUCACAAAGAAACACAAAAAACUUUAACUGGUAAACUGUUUCUAGUUGAUCUGGCUGGAUCAGAAAAGGUUGAGAAGACUAAUGCUCAAGGGCUAACUUUGGACGAAGCUAAGACGAUCAAUAAAUCUUUACUAGCUCUGAGCAAUGUUAUAUCAAAACUAUCAGAAGGAUCAAAGUCCCACAUACCUUAUCGUGACAGUAAGCUCACGAGGGUCCUUCAAGAGUCUUUAGGAGGUAAUGCUCGUACAACACUAAUCAUCUGCUGCUCACCCUCUGGGUCUAACGAGUCUGAAACUAAAGGGACUCUACUGUUUGGAGAAAGGGCCAAAAUGAUUAAAAAUAAAGUGGAGGUUAAUAUAGAACUAACAGCAGAGGAAUGGCGUAAGAGAUACGAGAGGCAAAAGGAAGAAUGUGAUAAACUGAAGGCAUUGAUACAAGUAUAUACUAAAGAACUGACAAGAUGGAGAGCAGGUGAUGCAGUACCCAUUGAUGAACAGUUUCCAAUUAAAGCCCCAUCAUCACUCCCUGUUGACUCUGCCUCCUUAACCACAGCCACACCCACCCAGCCUCUAGAGCAAGGGGGAGGGGCCAGUAGUAUUAGUGCAUUGUCAGCAAAAGAGUUUGAGGCUGAAAGAUCUAAACUGUAUCAGCAACUGGACGAUAAGGAUGAGGAAAUACAUCAACAAACUCAAAAAGUAGAAGCACUUUCACUUUCACUGAAAGAAAUGAACCUACUACUGGAAACAUCACAAGAAGAAACAAUGAAACUACAGGAACAAAUGUCCAGCGUUGAGAGAGAGCUGGUUCACUCACAGGAGGAGGUCCAGGAGGUGAUGCAAGCUCUAGAAGAACUAGCAACGUCUUACGAUAGCAAAGACACUCAAAUAAAGGAACUGACCAAUGAGAAUGAAGCAAUGAUAACUGAGAAUAAUGUAUUGAAGGCUAGUAUAGAUGCCAAGGAUCGGGAAAUUAAUGAACUAAUGGAGGGACUCAAGUCAGAUGAUAAGAGGCGGAGACUGUUGCUAGGCAACCUCUGUAGGGACAUGGGAGAGAUGGGAGACAUACUUGGAACGAAACAAGAAGAAAAAUUAAUAUCACUGAAUAAUUCUGAUGAUCUUUCUGAAGGAGAUUAUUCAAACUUGAGGAGUUAUUUUUCUAAUAUUCGAAUUGAGGCUCGUUCACUAGUGGAGCAGAGGAACAUCCUGGAGGAGUCCGAGAGAGAAGCCAGACAACAUGCUGACACAUCACUCAAGGAACUGAACUCUUGUAGACUGAAGUACUCUGAUCUGAAGACCCAGUCUGACCUGCUCAAGGUCAGUGUGGAGGAGGUGAGGGAGGAGAAGGAGGAGCUGGAAAAGGCUCUGAUUGAGUUGAACGAGCAGCUACUCGGACUGAGGGGGAAGGAGAGGGAGAGUUUGACUGCUGCCCAACACGACCGUAAGACGGAACUGGAACAAGAGAUCUUGAAGGAAGAGCUACAGAAGAAACAGCUGAUGUAUCAGGAGGAAGUUUUGGCACUGAGAGAUGAAAUUAAGAAUAAAGAAUUAUUAAUAAUACAGUUACAAGAACAACAGGUGCAUCAAGAACUAGCCCAGCAGUCCCUGCAGGACGAGUUGAUCCAGUUACAACUUCAAAGAGAAGAAUACGCCAGCUUGAGCAAUAGGUAUGCACUGAAGCAGAAGGUUGAUCAAGACUAUUCUGGACUGAUGGAUACUGUGAAAUCUGAGAUGAGUAAACUUGACUCACUGAAGAGAUCUCUUUAUGAAAAACUGAAGACUAGACUGAAGAACAAGGGAAUAUCUCCUGAAAGACAAGAAACAAAGUUCUUAGAAGAAAAUCUUGAGGAACUGAGCAGAGUACACAAGAAGACUCUCUCUUCAUUCUCUGAAGUUCAACGAGACCUUUUAAAACAUCAAAGUCUCCUUGAAGUCAAAUCAAAUCGUGUCAAAGAAUUAGAAACUCUUUUAAAAGAAACUAGACUAGCAGCUGAUAAGGAAUACAGGAAAUUGAUUGAAGAGAAAGACCAAAUGAAAAUUAACUUUUUAUCUAAACUGAAGGAAAGAGACCGUAUUGGGUUUACAAGGAGACAAGGUCCUACAAUAGUGCGUCCAGUGUCCCGCCCACAAGGAGGGGCGGAGUCUAGGAGUGUAGCUUCAGUGGGCGGGUCCCGUGAGGCUCUACUGGCAGUAGCUGGUGUCAAUAUUGUUGGUACCAGCAAGAGGUCUCCGCUAUUAGACUCUGGGUCUGGGGCUGGAGGGAAUGGGAAUGAAACUGGAGGAGAAUGAGUCCUUAAGUGAAGCCUUAUAGUGUCAUAAUAGUUUAAAAGAUUUGAAAGCUAACCGA